CUCCUCGCACCUCGUUGAACCAUCAUGGCCACAUCAACUACUGCUGGCACUCCUGCUGCUCCUGACCCGGCCAUCGUCGGCGGCUCCUCGUCGAACAAGGACAACAACGCCGAGCUCACCUACCUCAAGUCCCUCGUCUCCCAGCUCAACGCCAAGAUCACCUCGAUCGAAGGAGCGGCAAAGAAUGCUGCUGCUUCCAUCGUCGGCUCUGGCGGCUCCGGAGACGGCGUCCGUAUGAUCCUCAUCGGCCCCCCUGGAGCCGGCAAGGGUACGCAGGCGCCCAAGAUCCUCGAGCACUACAAGAACAAUGUAUGCCAUCUCGCCACGGGUGACAUGCUGCGUGAGCAGGUCAGCAAGGGGACUGAGCUGGGUAAGAAGGCAAAGGAGAUCAUGGACCAGGGUGGACUGGUCAGCGAUGAGAUCAUGGUUGGCAUGAUCAAGGACCAGCUGGAGACGAACAAGAAGUGUGCUGGAGGCUUUAUCCUCGACGGCUUCCCGCGUACCACUCCUCAGGCACAGAAGCUUGACGACAUGCUUACCAGCAAGUCGCAGAAGCUCGACCAUGCCGUUGAGCUCAAGAUCCAGGACUCCCUCCUCAUCUCCCGCAUCACCGGUCGUCUGAUCCACCCCGCCUCUGGCCGUUCAUACCACAAGGAGUUCUCUCCCCCGAAGAAGUCCAUGACCGACGACGUCACCGGCGAGCCCCUGAUCCAGCGAUCAGACGACAAUGCCGAGACCCUUCGCAAGCGCCUGGCGACAUACCAUGCGCAGACUGCCGAUGUCACGAGCUACUACCGUCAAAAGGGCAUUUGGACCCCUGUGGAUGCGAGCCAGAGCCCCGCGGUUGUUUGGAAGAGCAUUCAGGCCAUCUUUGCCGAGCAGAAGAAGGAGCAGAGGGCGUAAGGCGGAGGCUCCGGUACAGGGAAAGGUGCGGGAAAGGGUGGAAUAGACGAGAGGACAGCGUGGCGUCAUGCUAGAGAGUAUGGGAGCAUUGAAGUACGGACGGGCGAUAAUACAAUGCGAUGUGAUGCGAAGCCAUGCAAUCCUCGGUGACAAUGCUAUCCGCCUAGAGUUCCUCG